AGCUCUCCAUCCCCUUUUAUCCCAAAAACAUUUAUAUGACAGCUAUAGUUACAAUAUGUACUUUGCAAGUUAAGAUUUUAAUAACACUUAUGAACUCAUAAAAUAAGACACAUAGUUUUAAUCUCCAACAGAAUGUAAAAUAGGCAAAACUGUGCUCAACGUUGACUACCUACUACAUACAAAUGUUAGAUGUUAUGGCAUCAGUAAUUAAAAUCAAAUAAUAUUACAUAAGUAUGUGGCACUGACAGGGGUCAUUCUGCAUAAUUAUUAAUUUAACUUACUUACUUACUAAAUACAUUUUGCUGAUACUACUUACCGUUCUUUUACAUAAAUAACAUAAAUGUACAUCCUUGCUACUGAUAAUAAACACAGAAGUUGAAAUAAAAUGUCAUCAUUUGAAAGCGGAACAUAAAGCUCCCGCACAUCCACUGUCGGAACUUAACUGUGUGACAUCCAGCGGAAGUAAACAACACAAGCGCUAGUAACGUUAGCUGCGUGUAUGUGUUGAAUUAGCUGGACGAUGAUAUUGUAGUCGUAACGCAGCUAAUUAUUUAAUUUGUAAUUAAGCAACAAUGUCUUCAGUCGAGUGUUUGAGAGAGUUUGUCAACGAGCGACUAACUGCUGCUGCUGAAGAAAUAUUCGGAGUUUUUAAAAAAACUAUCGUCGAAUAUGAGGAAGAGAUCGAUCGUCAGCGCAGACUGCUGGAUAUCUUUUGGAAACCCGAAAUAAAGUUACACAGGAUAGAGCUCCCACAGAAACAUGUCUGUACGGAGGAGGAGGUUCUGGCUGACCAGCAGCUCUGUAUUCAGGAGAGGAACUCCAGUCUGGACCAAGAGGACCCAGAGCCUCCACAGAUUAAAGAGGAACAGGAGGAACUCUGCACCAGUCAGGAGGGAGAGCAGCUUGUACUGAAGCAGGAGGCUGAUGCCUUUAUGUUGACUCCUACUGAGGAGGAAAGUGACCACAGUGAACCAGAACCAAACAGGGACCAGCAGCUCCUCUCUCACAACUCUCAUGCAGCUGAGAGCCAAGAUCAGAAAGGAGGCAAGCAUGGAGACAUUAACAAUGUAUACAACUCUACCAUAUCAAAGAUUCAUCAUAAUCCUCACACAGGUAAAAAGUCUUUAAAAUGUGACACAUGUGGAAAGGCUUUUAAGUAUAAGUCAUCUUUGCAGAUACACCUGAGAACCCACACAGGUGAGAACCCAUAUUUUUGCAGCACCUGUGGGAAAAGAUUCAUAGAGACAUCAGCAUUGAAAACUCAUAUGAGAAUCCACACAGGUGAGAAGCCAUAUUCUUGCAAAACUUGUGGGAAAGGUUUCAGAUUUAAUAGUGGCUUGUUGGUCCACAUGAGAACCCACACUGGUGAGAAGCCGUACCUUUGCAAGACCUGCGGGAAAAGAUUCCGUCAGAUAUCAACUUUAUCACGUCAUAUAAGAAUCCACACAGGUGAGAAGCCAUAUUCAUGCAAAACAUGUGGAAAAGAUUUCAGAGUUAGCAGUGUCUUAAAAAUCCACAUGAGAACCCACACAGGUGAGAAGCCGUAUGUUUGCAAGACCUGCGGGGAAAGAUUCAGCGAAAUGUCAAAAUUGAAAAGGCACAUGAGAAUCCACACAGGUGAGAAGCCAUAUAGUUGUGAAACAUGUGGGAAAGAGUUUAGAGUUAGUGAUCACUUGAAAGUCCACGUGAGAAGAGCUCACACAGGUGAGAAGCCGUACCUUUGCAAGACCUGCGGAAAAAGAUUCUAUGACAUUUCAGCAUUGAAAACACACAUGACAACCCACACAGGUGAGAAGCCGUAUACUUGCAAAACCUGCGGAAGAUCUUAUAGACAAAGUGGUAUUUUGACAGUCCACAUCAGAACCCACACAGGUGAGAAGCCAUAUUCAUGCAAAACAUGUGGGAAAGAUUUCAGCGUUAACAGUGUUUUGAAAGUCCACAUGAGAAGAGCCCAUACUGGUGAGAAGCCAUAUCUUUGCAAGACCUGCGGGAACAGAUAUGUUGAUGCGUCUUCUUUGUCAAAGCACAGAAAAUCGCAUACAGGGAAGUAGCCUUGUAUUUGCAAAAUAUGUGGGAAACCAUUCAGUUCUAGUGGUUUGUUGUCAAAACACAGAAGAACUCACAGAAGUGAGGAGCCAAAUAAUUGCAGCACUUGUGGGAAAAGUUUUACUCAAAUCACAUAUCGUAGAAAAGGUUUCAGUCGUAGUCAUCUGGACACUGUUUUCAGAAUCAAGACGUUUCGGCUCCCAUCCAGAAGUCAUUCUCAAUUGUGAAAAAAAAAUUGGACGGGAACUGGAAAUUUAAGCUACUCUUUCCAGUUCCCAUCCAAUUUUUUUCACAAUUGAGAAUGACUUCCGGAUGGGAGCCGAAACGUCUUGAUUCUGAAAACAGUGUCCAGAUGACUACGACUGAAACCUUUUCUACGAUAGAACACUCCUGGACGAAUGAGGGAUUACACCGUCUCAAAUCACAUACUUGAAAAAACACGUCAAAACUGAAAAAGCACAUAAGAAUCCACACAGGUGAGAAACCAUAUACUUGCAAAACAUGUGGGAAAGAUUUCAGACUCAGUGGUGACUUGACAGUCCACAUGAGAACCCACACUGGUGAGAAGCCGUACCUUUGCAAGAUCUGCGGGAAAAGAUACUCUGAUUCAUCUCAAUUGGCAAGGCAUAUAAGAUCACACACAAGAACUCACAGAAGUGAGGAGCCACAUAAUUAUAGCACGUUUCAAUAUACACAGGAGAAACCAUCGAGCUGAAACUCCUGUGGAGACGUGUUCACCUGCUGAAUGUAGUACAUAUUUGCAAUAGCUACAUCUCUGUAACUGAAUGUAAAAUGUUUUCCAUAAAGAUAAGAUCUCAAUAUCUUAGUGUAAAGUUUGGGUUGAUAUGACUGUAUUAGUUAUAUUUCUGCAACAGUAUUUCUUUAAAAAUAAUCGUAAUCUCCCAAAUGGAGGAAAACUGUUAGUUUCACAGUGAGUGCGCAGUAGUGGCUGUUAAAGUAAUGGUGUGAUCUCGAUGGCUGUUUGUUUUGCCAAAUGUCUAUUUAUGAAACAUCUCAGCAUCAAUUUAGUUUAAAGUUCAAAGCUCAAGUUGUUUCAUAGCUCUAUAUGAAGCCUCGUACACAUCUUUGCAAGAAGUCAGAUUUUACAUUUGAGAAUGACUGACAUCAUUAUUUUAUAUUACCAUAUAAGAAGUCCUCUUAAAUGUGAACGUGGCUUCUUUUUGCUAUUUCUAUACAUUACCUCACUUAUGUGUCUGAUAGUUGUUUUUUGUAUGACAUAAGAUCCAUAUUUACUAUGCUUUUGUAUUCUUAUGAUGAUUCCACAUCAACAUUUAUACAUUUUUUUAUCUUUUAAAAGUUUGUGUAGCUUUGGUACCAUGUCUGUGUUUUUCACCUAAUUAAUUAAGCAUGUAUGGAUGGACCUGAAGGUUCCCCUGGUUAGCUCAGUGGUGGAAGAAGUAUUGAGAGCCUUUACUUAAGUAAAAGUGCUAAUACCACACUGUGAAAUACUCCACUACAAGCAAAAGCCCUGCAUUCAAAACCUUACUUAAGUAUGUAAGUAUUAUCAGCAAAAUGUACUUAAAGUAUCAAAAGUAAAAGUACUCAUUCUGCAGAAAAAUGGUCCCUGUCAGUGUUUUACUGUUAUAUCUGAUACUAUUAUAUCCUUCAGUUUAUCACAAACAUUCACAUGCAAAACCACCACAUUUGGAGAUACAUGGUUUUAACUGGACACGGAGGGUUUGAAAAAUUGUAAUCUGAAAAAUGACUAAAGCUGUCAGACAAAUGUAGUGGAGUAAAACCUACAAUAUUUGCCUCAGAGAUGUAGUGGAGUAGAAGUGGAAAGUAGCAUACAAUGGAAAUACUCAAGUAAAGUACAAGUACUUUGAAUAUGUACUUAAGUACAGUACUUGAGGAAACAUACUUAGUUACAUUCCAUCACUGGGUUCGCUGUAGGAAAGCCAGAAGAAGAACAUCUGGUAUCACUUAGAGGAUGUUUUUCCCACAAAAAAGAAUGUAGUGUACCCACUGUUACUGGACUCCAUACUAUACACCUCUGUGUGCCUUAUCUCAGGGCAGAUUCUGGGUGGUACUCUGGUUCUACUCGGUCUGAACAUGAGAGAAAAUAAACCAGCUUUAACUAAGAA